CGCGUUUUAGAAUGAUCAUUUCUUUUACAACAUAAAAUCAAAAAAAGCUAGAAAUGAACGAUACGAGUCAAUACGAACUUUAUGAUCCACCAACUGACGGCAUCACACAAGUUUGUUUCAGUCCAUAUGAUAACAACCUGUUAUUAGUUUCUUCGUGGGACAAGUCUCUAAGAUUAUACAAUGCCGACACAAAACAAUUACUCGAAAAGUUUGAGACCGAGGCAGCUAUCUUGUCUUGCUGUUUUGGCGAUGAUGAUAUGGUUUACUUUGGUGGUUUACACUGCCGUCUUCAAUCAAUUAAUUUAAAGACAAAACAACGAAGCACUAUCGGUCCGCAUGCUCAACCCAUUAGCUGUGUUUGUUAUAGCCCACUUACAAAAAGGGUUUAUACAGGAUCUUGGGACAAAACCCUUUGCGCAUGGAAUCCAAUGGCAGGCAAAUUGGACACAAAAACGGAAUUGGGACAAAAAGUAUUCAGCAUGGACAUCAAUGAGUAUAAAUUAGCUAUAGCUUUGGGAGACCGCAAAACCUUGAUUUACGACAUUAGAGAUCUGUCAAAACCUUGGCAAGAAAGAGACACAUCGUUGCGCUACUUGUUAAAGUGUAUCCGACUCAUGCCUAAUGGUGAGGGUUAUGCUCUGUCUUCAAUCGAAGGUCGAGUUGCAAUAGAGUAUUUCGAUAUGUCCAAAGAGGUUCAGUCAAAAAAGUAUGCCUUCAAGUCACAUAGAUCCGUGAUUCAAGAUACAGAAGUCGUAUACCCUGUGAAUUCUUUGGCUUUUCACCCAAGACGUGGUACAUUUGCUACAGGAGGUUCUGACUGUGUUAUAAACAUUUGGGAUGGUGUUCAUAGAAAACGUAUAAGAAAUAUCGUUGGUUAUCCCGAGGAAAUUGCAAGUUUAGCGUUCAGUAAAAAUGGUGAUAUGUUGGCUAUUGCAUGUAGUUAUACCUUUGAUGAAGGCGAACGAGACCAUGCUCCCGAUACUGUAUUUAUUAAACGAAUUCAAGAUAGUGAUGUUGCACCUCGUGUCGUUGCUAGCUCAUAAUUUUUUUUCUUUCUGUUUCCUUUAACAUACAUAAAGAGUGAUGUGGUCCACAUCUGUUGGGAAUAUAUGGUUCCAAGUGCUUGUUUAAAAACGAGGCUUCAAGGUACAUACAACUGAUCCUCGUUCAAUCUUCGUAUUAGUUCUUCAUAUAACUGCAUCAUUUUACUUUUCCAUUCGAGGAUAUGUAUUUGAUGAUGCAAGU